AUGCAUCUCAUGUAUACCUUGGACGACAGGGGCAACCGAAUAUACACUCUCAAAAAAAUAACAUCAACGGGUAAAGUAUCGAAAUCGGCCCAUCCAGCUAGGUUCUCACCAGAUGAUAAAUUCUCCCGACAUCGUGUGACCAUAAAAAGACGAUUUGGGAUUUUACCCACUCAAUUACCUUCGAAACCUCUCUAA